AGCGGUCACAUGGCCAUGACAUCAUCACAGGUCCUUCAGCCUCCAGGAUGUAACAUCUUGCUCCUGGUUAUUGUGGGACUUGUAGUUCUUUAUACACCUGUACACAAUGCACACAGGGGCUUUAUAGAGGGGACAGGACGCCCCCCGAAUAUAUCCUGAAGAGAAGGAAAACUCCAGCGCCGUAUAUAUAGGAUCUAUAGAGGAAUGUCACCGACCACCGAGAGGAUCCUAGAGCUCAGCCUGGAGAUCAUCUACCUGCUGACCGGAGAGGAUUACACAGUAGUGAAGAAGACAUCUGGAGAGUGUGUGGCCCCCAGCAGGUCAGGAGGAUGGAGCAGGGCCCGGGGCCCCAUCACGGAGCCUCCACCUCCCUCACUGAUACCUGAGAGGAACAACGAGCAGAAGAUCCUAGAACUCACCCACAAGAUGAUGGAGCUGCUGACUGGAGAGGUUCCUAUAAGGUGUCAGGAUGUCACUGUCUAUUUCUCCAUGGAGGAGUGGGAGUAUAUAGAAGGACACAAGGAUCUGUACCAGGACAUAGUCAUGAUGGAGGACCACCGGCCCCGAACAUCACCACUGGAUGGAUCCAGGAAGAGGAACCCAUCAGAGAGAUGUCCUGCUCCUCUGGAUUCCCAGAACUGUCCGGGGGGAGAUGAGAAUGUCCUACAGGAUGAUCAGGGUGAGAAAAGGACGGAUAAUAAUGGAGGAAUAAUGAAGCCUGAGAGAAGGAGAGAUCAGCGGGGGGAGGAGAAGAUCCCUACAGACAUCCCUCCAGAUAACAAGAAGACGAAGGGAAAACGACACAAGAACCUUCCGCAUGGAGGACACAAGAGCGGAGAUCUGUCCUCUCAUCCUUCUCCUCGUAGAUCGGAUAGAAUUACAGAUCAUGGCCCGCCUGAACCAUUUCUCAAUUCAGAGUUGGAGAAAAAAUUGACACAGAAAAAUUAUCUUAUUCAGGGGAAGUUGAUGGACACUUCACUUCAGUCGGCUGAAUGUGGGAAACGUGUUACCCGGAAAUCAAAUCUUGGCCAUCAACAGAGAAUUCACAAAGGAACAACGCAAUUUUCCUGCUCUAAUUGUGGAAAUCGCUUUGCCAGUAAAUUAAAUCUUGUUAAACAUCAAAAAAUUCACAAGGGAAAGAAGCGGAUUACAUGUUCUGAAUGUGGGAAAGUGUUUACUGACAAACUAAGACUUCUUCACCAUCAGACAGUUCACACUGAAGAGAAGAAAUUUUCAUGUUCUAAUAUUUUUACCAAGAAGUAUGAUCUUAGGAGACAUCAGAAAACUCACUCAGAGAUGAAGUUUUCAUGUUCAGAAUGUGGGAAAUGUAUGACAGACAAAACAAAAUUAGAACAACAUCAAAAACUUCACUUGAGAAAUAAGUCAUUUGCCGUUUCAGACUGUAAGAAACAUUUUGCCAAGAAGGUAGAACUUGUUAAACAUCAGAGAAACCACAAAGGUCAGAAGUCAUUUUCUUGCUCAGAAUGUGGGGAAAGGUUUAGUCAGGAGUCAUAUCUUGUUGAGCAUCAGAAAAGUCACUCCAAGGAAAAACCAUUUUCAUGUUCAGAAUGUGGGAAAUGUUUUGCCCAGAUGCCAAAUCUUAUCGCACAUCUAAGACUUCAUACUAGGGAAAAGCUGUUUAAAUGUUUGGAUUGUGACAAAAGAUUUACCCAGAAAGUAGGACUUAUUGUGCAUCAAAGAACUCACACUGGAGAAAAACCAUAUUCAUGUCCUGAAUGUGGGAAAUGUUUUUCCCAGAAAUCAGGUCUUAUAGCACACCAGAGGAUUCAUACUGGUGAGAAGCCAUAUUUCUGUUCAAAAUGUGGAAAGGGUUUUGCCCAGAAGGCAGGUCUUCUUUCACAUCAGAGACUUCACACAGGGGGGAAGACCUUUUCCUGUUCAGAAUGUGAAGAGGUUUUUCCUAAUAAAUCAGAACUGGUUUCUCAUCACAGAAGUCAUAAAGGAGACAAUCCAUUUUCAUGUUCAGAAUGUGGGAAAUAUUUUAGUCAGAAAUCAGAUCUUGAUGAACAUCAGAGCUGUCACUCGCAGGAUAAGGGAUUUACAUGCUCAGAUUGUGGGAAAGAUUUUGCACUGAAAGCAGGACUUAUCACACAUCAGAGAACUCACAGUGGGGAAAAACCAUAUUCAUGUUCAGAAUGUGGGAAAAGGUUUGCCCAGAAAUCAGGACUUAUUACACAUGAGAGGACUCACAGCGGAGAGAAACCAUAUUCAUGUUCGGAAUGUGGGAAAAGGUUUGCCCAGAAAGCAGGCCUUCUUUUUCACAAAAGGACUCACACGGGGGAGAAGCCAUUUUCAUGUUCAGAAUGUGGGAAGGGAUUUGCCCAGAAAGCAGGUCUUAUGGCGCAUCAAAGAAUUCACACUGGGGAGAUGCCAUUUACAUGUUCAGAAUGUGGGAAAUGUUUUAGACAAAAAUCCCACCUUGUUAAACAUGAAAGAACUCACACAGGGGAUAUGUCCUAGUAAUGUCUGGAAUGUAGAAAAUGUUUUGCCCAGAAAGCAGAUCUCACUGGACAUAAGGCCUUGUUCACACUAAGGAAUAUCUCCUGUGGAUCCACAAAUCAAAUCUGCCGAAGAUCCUCUGAGGACCUCACAGCAGAAUCCCUUCAGAUCAAUGGCGUCUGCUACAAGCAUAGUCCUUUCUGACAUUCCGUAGUGUGAACAGGGCCUAAGAAGUCUUUUUCUAUGCUGUUCUCCUGUAAGGUAUUAACCCCAUAUUGUCCCCUUAUACGCUCUUGUGCGCUCAGGUCUUCUUAUCACACGAUGGCUCUGCAAUAAAGAUACCCAGAUAUUGUACAUAGAUGUAUGAAGAGCAGAACCAGAGAAACCGAGUGUAUUGUUUGCCAUAUGUAAAGUCAAACCUGUGUGCACUUACCCCAACCCGGGUUUCGCUAAGAGGAGCUACAUCAGGGGGUAUGGCUGUUUUUCAUACAUUUAUGUACUCUCUGGGUUUUAUCGUUUGUUCUGCUGCUGCUUACAUGUUUCCUUAUUAUCCAGUUUUUAGCACAUUCUAUAUUCCUUUUAUACCAUGAGAAGCCAUUCUUCCGUUUUUCCUUGGUGCAUUGUGCAUUGGUGUAUUGUAUGUGCAGACUUUUUGGUGUUACAGUAUGACAUGUUAAAAGUAAAAGUUAUAAAAAGAAAAUGGAUUUUAAUAAAAAAAAUUAAGUGCAAGAAAAAUUGAAUAAAUGCCUCUUUCCAAAAAAAGCCCUAUAUUAUCAAAAAUAACAAAAGUAAACUAAAAACUUUACACAUAAUAGACAUUGCCACCUUCGGAACGACUUGUAAUGAUAAUGUUAUGUAUCCCGUGCAGGAAAUGCCAUAUAAAAACAAAAAAAGAACAAGAAACACAAAUUUUAGUCCAAAAGGUGAAAUAAAAUUAUCAAAAGAAAAAAUGUAGCGCAAAAGACGUUACCUAUUAAAAGUGCAGCAUAAAAAAUGCAGCUCGUCCCACAAACAAUGAUGGGGUCGGACGAAAAAUAAGGUUUAGGCUGUCAGAACAUGGCAACAAAAAAAAGAGGAAAAAAAGAACA